ACAACAAAACAUAAAAAUAAAAAACUUUUCCGGACUCCUCAUUCGAAAAGUUGCAAGUUCGAUUAGAAUAAUUCGUUCGAUGAUUAAUCGCGUCGAGUUUCGCGAUCAUGUUACUUAUUUUAGGUUAGAACAAAGUAAUUACUUUCAUCGUAUUUAUUCUACCGACCGAUGAACCAUUAAUCAUGUUAAACGUUAUCGAACGCUGUAAUAUCAUUGCUUCAAACCAUAAUAACGUCAAAAUAGCAAUGUUUCCACGAUAGCUUUUUGUACAAGCUUCAUUACAUCGCAGAGAAGUAAAAUCCCAACGCCAGUAUACAGAUGGAAAUUUGUGUUUUGUUGAAAGAAAAUAUAAAGAUAUUGCAUUCGUUGGCUGAAACCGAUGCUUUGAUGGUAUGGAAAGAACAAACGCCAAUAGAUCCAAGAAUGUAGAUUUAAGUAAAUUCGGAUUAGCAGUUAACGAAUCUCAGAAUACAAACAAUGAGGUAGAAUUCAUCGGAUGUGGAGCUGACGGUUAUAGGCCUGCAAGUCGUAAUGAACUAUUCGCCGGAGAACAAAAUGAAGAACCUUGGUGGAAGACUCAGUUCUUCAUUUCAGAACCGGUGUUAUUUGGCAUGUGGGAUGGCGUAUUUACAUCUUGUUUAAUAAAUAUUUUCGGAGUAAUCGUCUUCCUCAGAUCAGGAUGGUUAGUUGCUCAAGCUGGUAUCUUGAACGCUGUAUUUAUCGUAUUAUCUACGAUCGGAAUAGCGUUAAUAUCAGUCUUAUCAGCUGUGGGUAUUUGUGAAAGAUGUCGAGUCGAAAGUGGAGGAGUUUAUUUCUUACUAGCUCAUGUACUCGGACCUCGAUCAGCCGCAGCUGUCGGAAUAGUUUACGUUUUCGGUCAAGCUGUCGGUUGCAGCUUGAAUUUGGUCGGAUUUGGCGAAUCGAUGGCCGGAUUAUUGAACAUGACGUCGAAUAAAUGGGCUGAAAAGAUGUUCGCCAGCGCUGCUGUGUUUUUUCUAUGGAUUAUAAAUCUAGUCGGCGUUAAAUGGGUUAUCAAGCUGCAAUUUUUGUUACUUAUUUUACUGCUUUUGGCCGGAUUGGAUUUCGCUGUGGGAUCUUUCAUUCAUACUGACAUGAAGGAAGGUUUCGAGGGAUGGAUCAGCGAUAAUUUCGUCUCAAAUUUACUUCCUUCGUACGCCAACGGUUACAAUUGGUUUACGGUGUUCGCUGUGUAUUUCCCAUCGAUAACCGGUGUCAUGGCGGGUAUCAAUAUGAGCGGUGAUCUGAGCCAACCGUCGCAAGAUAUUCCCAACGGAACUUUCGCUGCCUUAUUUACUGCAACCGGUUUGUAUUUAAUUUUUGUGAUAUUUUUGGGCAGUACUUGCGUUAGAAGUGUACUGCUGACGGAUUUCACGAUCGCUGCCAAGGUUUCUGCAUUUAGUUUUCUAUUACUAGCCGGAGUAUACAUAUCGUCGAUGUCGAGCUGUCUAGGAGCACUGUAUGGAACUCCUCGAGUUCUCCAGUCGAUCGCCAACGAAAAAGUGAUCCCUAUUAUCAAUUUUCUGGGACAAGGGAAAGGUCCGAAUAAAAUACCAAUUUUCGCCAUGAUCGUUAUAGCUAUUACGAUCGUUAUAUUUACUUUGGUCGGUGAUAUCAAUACGUUAGCUCCGAUCGUAACGAUGCCAUUUUUAUUAACUUACAUUGCCCUGGAUUACGCUUAUUUCGCUCUGGCGCAGACUUUCGAUAUCCAGCAUCAAAGGGAACAACGAUAUAAAAAAUCAGUUAGAAGCAGCCAAGGAUAUCAGUCGUGUUCGCCUACCAGUGACGAAUGCGAAGAUCUCGAUAGUUUAUUUCCUGAACGAAAUACUCGACAUGUCAAUAAUAAUGCUAAUCUCACUGAAGAUUCGCCGAAUGUAACGGUUCACAGUAAAGCUGGCAACUGGUAUUCUGGUUUUUGCAACAGAUGGCUUUCGUUAUGCGGAGUCGUAUUGAAUAUCGCUAUAAUGUUUAUAAUCGAUAGUAAAUACGCUCUGGCUACGUUCGCGACGGUGUUCGUAAUAUGGUGUUAUAUUGGUCUGACUAAUCCAGCUGUGAAACCAGGAGCAGCGAACGAAUUUCAUUUUUUACGAUUUAUACGUAAAACUAUACUAAGAAUACUCAGGAAACGAACUUACGAAUACGAAGAAAUAAUCGUAACCCCGAUUCACCCUCCGUCCGAAAUACAACCUUCGCAACUAACCGAAGAAAACCAAGAUUUCGCCGGCCGUCAAAGAUUUCAUCAGACAGCCAAUGUGCAACCUUUAAUAGGCAAGCAAAGAAUGUCUACGGAAACAGUACAAAUUUUACAAUGAUCCCUCCUCUUCUAUUCUCUCAGUCGAUAGAUUGUUUAAAUGUGUAAGUUCCUAAUCAUUAAUUUGUUUAUACAGUUGAUCUUAUUACUGUAAUCUUUUCCAUAAGUACGAGUACCAAGACCCAGGAGAAAGGUAUCAGCUCAUCAGCUGCGAAAUUUUGUUUAUUUUUGUAUCAACAGAUUCCCUAUUUAUUUAUUUUUUCUAGAAAGAUUUCCCAGUACUUAAGUUAUGUGUAAACAGCGAACGUUGUUUAUUACGAAUUUGGCUGUGGUAUUGUUUUUUUUUUAAAUUAUUGUCUUUUUUUUAAUUUUUAGGCAAUUGAAUUUUUUUAACAUUUUAAAAUCGAUAAUUCCGUACUAAAUCAAAUAUUAUGUAUUUUAAUUGUCUUAAUUUAUUUAUUUACAAUUUUAAACGAAUAAUGAAUGUUGGUGUUUGCUAUGUUUUUUUCGUAUAAUAAUUUCAUCUGUUUUAAUUGACGAUAAAACUUCUGCAUGUGUUUA